CUCUAAAAAUCAGUUACAAACAAACCUCAUGGUUGUCGGCGAAUGCUUGUUAAUACGUUAAGAUUCGUUUGGAUUUUGCAACUGUGCCUACAUUGUAACAGAAUAUCAAGGAUUUACUAGAAAUCAUUUCUUUCAAUUAUUCUACAAACAUGUCUAUUACCAAACCAAAAUCAGAGAUGACUGCUGAAGAGCUGCAGGCAAGAGAGGAGGAAGAAUUUAACACGGGACCACUCUCUGUCUUGACCAUGUCUGUAAGGAACAACACCCAAGUUCUUAUAAAUUGUAGAAAUAACAAGAAGCUUUUGGGACGUGUGAAAGCUUUUGAUAGGCAUUGUAACAUGGUUUUGGAGAAUGUCAAGGAGAUGUGGACAGAGCAGCCUAGGGCUGGAAAGGGAAAGAAGAAGGCUAAGCCUGUUAACAAGGAUAGGUUUAUAUCCAAAAUGUUUCUUCGUGGAGAUUCUGUAAUAUUAGUGGUUAGAAACCCACUAUCAUCACAGAAGUAAUAACCCCAUUUCCCUUAGUUAUUAAGUUAGUUUAAGACGCAUUAUAUAGAUUAUGUUUUAUGAAUAAUCAAGUGAAAUUUUCACUGUUUGUACAUUUUGAUGUAUAUCCCACUGGUAUUUUUUUUUUAAUUUUCAGAAUUACUCGUUUUAUUUUGAAUAUGUUUAAGAUGUUUUCUUUACUACA